ACACAAAUCUGAAGAAGUCCUCAAUGGACAGUUUAGUCAUCCUCAUCUUUCAAUAGCUAGUUGGGUCGUCUAAAUGAACAUUCUGUCCUGCUACUUGGGGGGUCAGCAGUCGCCUGCAUGGUAUCUCAUGUCAAGCCUGCUGGAAUUUGAGCUCGCUGGUUUAUAUGCUGCUAUCAGGUCCUCGAUGUGUGUGAGCGAUAAAUGUGCCAUUUCUUUUCACAAAUGGAGCGUUGCAUAACAGUUUGUGGAAGAGCGAGAGAAACAGAUAAUGUCCAGACUCUCAGUAACAGUAGGCCACUUCACUUUUGUGCGACAUCGGCCUCAUCAACACAGAUAUCAGAUGCUGUCAUCCACUUUAAUGCUCAUAAGGGCCACCAUGACGGGUGAAUAAUACGGAUAGGAGGUGUGCUGGAAGCCAUUCUUCCCCCUGACAGGUGUAAUAUUAGGCUACACAUCUCCUCAGUUCCGCAGAUCGAGUUUCCAACAGGAUUCCCCAGGUAAGAUGCUCAAGGGGGCGUUGAUGUCAUUGCGCGGAAGUGAGCAGGACCACAGUGCUGGAACAGAUAGCAGUGCCACUGAAGAAGACAAUAGAGGAGGACAACCUGGGAGUCUCAACUGGAAUUCACUACUGAGCUGGAGCAUCAACGGGAUUCAGGAUGUCGCAUCAGACGGGGAUUCACGCAACUUCCGACUUGAGAGAGUUCCUCAUAAAGGCCAGAAGAGGAGCUUUCAGAGCACUGAAGAUUGUUAUAAGGAGCGAGCAGCUGGUGUUGGGAGCAUACAGAGAGGUUUCUCAGAGCUGGGAUCAGGACUAUGACGCAUGUGUUCCUAUGCUGGAUGGCCUGGAACCCUGCUAUAUCCUGUACCGGCUCGACUCACACAACCCGCUGGGAUAUGAGUGGCUGUUUAUCUCCUGGUCACCAGACCAGUCUCAAGUGAGGUUAAGAUGUUUAUGCUGCCACCCGAGCACACUGAAGAAAGAGUUUGGGGGAAGCCUAAAUGAUGAACUGUUUGGAACAGUCCCAGGAAGACGUCUGUUUCAAGGUUAUCUACGACACCUGUCUUCUUCUUCCUCGGCUCCCCUCACCACUGCUGAGCAACAGCUCCAUCAGAUCAAAAUCACAGAGGACGAGCGAAGAAUUGUUCGCUCUGUUGCCACUGUUAGUGGGCAAGGAAAGACAGAGAUCAACGUGGAGAGUAAAAACCCGACUUUGCAGGGUUUAGCAUUCCCAUUGCAGGAGGAGGAACAUGCUUUACAGCAGUUUAAACACAAGCGCAUCAAUUACAUUCAACUAAGGCUAGAUACUGAACGAGAGACUAUUGAACUGGUCCACACUAGUCCAACAGAGACCAAAGAGCUGCCAAGCAGAAUCCCCACUGAUGCCCCGCGAUACCACUUCUUCCUCUACAAACACGCACAUCAAGGACAGCCUCUGGAAGCUGUAGUUUUCAUCUACUCCAUGCCCGGGUAUAGCUGUAGCAUCAAAGAAAGGAUGCUCUACUCCAGCUGUAAGAAUCGACUGCUGGAUGAGGUCGAAAGAGACUAUCACAUAGAGAUCGCCAAAAAGAUGGAGAUUGACAGUGGAGACGGGCUGACGGAGGAUUUUCUGUAUGAAGAGGUAUACCCGAAACACCAUGCGCUGAGGCAAGCCUUCAGCAAGCCAAAAGGGCCAACAGGGAAACGAGGGAACAAGCGGCUCAUCAAAGGAGCGGGAGAGAAUGGAGAUGAGAGCUAGACUCUUAGGCCUACAGUAAAACAAAACGUUUUAAAUGACAUUUCAUUUCACCCUCAAUUCUCUGUAGCCCUUUUCUUGCCUGAGCUGUACCUUUCCUUGUUAUUAUUUUUUAUGUUAGAUUUUAAUAGUCUCCUUUCACUCUGAAACACAGUCUGGCAUGGUUUACAAGGCCACAUAAAGGUGUUGUUUAGGUGAUGAUUUUUAUGUAAUAA